GCGGGCGAGCAGUAGCUCGCAUUUUUUGUUCCGUUGACUGGAUUUAUAUGUUCCUUUAAAUGAUCUGUGCUGUUGCCAGGAGCUUAGCCCGGAAGACAGAGAAAGGGAAAAAGGAAAUGGGCUAGUUUAAACUGACGUUGACGCAACUGCAUAUGCGAGCUGUACAAAACAAGGACACGUUUACGCUUUAUGACUGUCGGCGUCUUUAAAAAAAACUAGGGAGCGAACACAGCAAGCUUCAGAAGGUUUCAGAUAGCGGCAUGAAAAACGCGAUGAUGAAUUCAAACGAUAGGCUGUGCUGGACUACAACAACAGGAUCAGCGACGACAUCUACCGACACCAAAAACAAUAAAAGCAGCACCAUCACCACCAACUGGGGCAGAUGCCGUAACAGCAAUGUCAAGAGUUUCAACGUUUGAAAAAAAUAUAAGGAUGCUGCUGACAUGCAGUUUUCCCUUUACAUCACAGAACAGAACAUGAUAAUGAAACUCCUACCAUCUUUUGUAAGUAACUGACCGGUUCAACUAACCUGGACAGUCAACCCAAGCACGCGUGUAUUGGGUUCCACGCUUCUGCUGAAGAGGAGGGGACGCCGAAACGGCAGGGAUCAGCCUUGUGUUCACAUUCUGAAGGCUUUUAUUGGUGACCUGGCGGUGUUAAAUGGUCGAAACCCAAGGAAGGGAAGGAGUCGGGCAAAAAUGAGCUGGCCUUUGGCAGUCUGAUAAGUGUCUGGGCUAGGACAGGGGUGAUGGAGGUGGCCGGCUUGCCGGUGGAGGUGUGGCGAGUGAUCCUGGCCUACCUGCCCCUGCCGGACCUGGGCCGCUGCAGCCUGGUUUGCCGGGCCUGGAAGGAGCUCAUCCUCAGCCUGGACAAGACCCGCUGGCGCCAGCUCUGCCUGGGCUGCCCCGAGUGCCGGCACCCCAACUGGCCCAACCGGCCGCACCUGGAGCCGCCGUCCUGGAGGGAGGCCCUGCGGCAGCAGGCCCUGGCCAGCCGCACCUGGACCCGCAACGGGCCCGAGCCGGACGCCACCGCCUGCCUCUACCUGUUCCGCCGCAAGAAGGACCGCCGGACGUGGCACGUGGGCUCCGGGCUGGAGCACGAGACCCUGCGGGCGGCACUGGCGGCAGCGGGGGCCUACGACCGGGUGGUGCUGCACCCGGGGGUGUACGAGGAGCAGACGGAGGUGGUGCUGAAGGCGCCGGUGGAGAUCGUGGGCAAGGGGAGGCUCGGGGAGGUGGCGCUGCUGGUCAGCAUCGAUCAGCAGUGCCCCACCGCCAGGCUCUGCAACCUGGUCUUCAUGCCCGCCUGGUUCUCCCCUGUGGUCUACAAGACGUCAUCGGGCCAUGUUCAGCUGGACAACUGUAACCUGGAGGGGGGCCAGCUGCAGGUGCGUGGCCCUGGGACCUGCCAGGCCCGCUACUGCUCCUUCGGCCAGACCAGCGGAGCCCACUUCCAGGGCGUGGCCCUCAGCCUGCUGGAGAGCUGCGACUUCUCGGGCAGCGACUCCGCCUCCGUCACCGUGGAGGGCCCGCCCGUCUCCGACCGCAACUGGGCCUGCAAGCACCUGGCCGCCCUGGCCAAGUCCCCCGCCGCGGCCGCCUGCGCGGGGGCGGGGCCCGCCGCCUCGACCUCCCACACCGGGACACAGGGGAGAGGGGACCGGCCCGCCGGUGCCCCGCCCCACGGUGCAUCCGUGACUCUGGAGGCCCUGUGGCGGAAGGAGGGGCAGUGGGGGGCGGGGAGGUGGGUGGGAAGAGGCCGGGAGGAAGACUAUGGGGAGGGCACCGUGAUCGGGGACGGGUGCAGCGAGAGCGAAGAAGAGGAGGAAGAGGAUGAGGAAGGGGAGGGAGACGGGGAGGAGGGACCGGAUGCUCCCCGUGUAACCGCCCAGAAGCUCUCCUACAGCCACCACGGCCUCUCUCACCUCCUGGAGCCGCCCCAUAGCUCCGCCUCGCCGGGGCCCCCUGGUGGGCUUCCCGAGCUGCGCACCCUGCAGCAGGAGCUCCAGCGGGACCGGGACGCCCAGGCUCUGGCCGGGUCGGUCCAGGGCUGCCUGCUGCGCCGCUGCCUCUUCCGGGACGGCAAAGGCGGUGUGCUGGUGUGUAACCACGGCCAGGCCCGUCUGGAGUGCAACGUGUUCCGCGGCCUGACCUACGCCGUGCGCUGUAUCCAGAACGCCAAGAUCGUCAUGCUGCGGAACGAGGUGUGCGGUUGCCGGGCGUCGGGCGUGUUCCUGCGCCUCUCCGCCCAGGGACUCAUCGCCGAGAACAACAUCCACUCCAACGCGGAGGCGGGGCUGGAUAUCCGCAAGGGAGCCAAUCCCAUCAUCCUGUGUAACAGAAUACACAGCGGUUUGCGUUCCGGAAUCGUCGUCCUGGGAAACGGGAAGGGUUCCAUCCGCAGCAACCAGAUCUAUGGAAACAAGGAGGCGGGCAUCUACAUCCUGUAUAAUGGGAAUCCAGUGGUGAGUGGGAAUCACAUUUUCCAGGGCCAGGCAGCUGGAAUCGCAGUGAAUGAGAAUGGGAGGGGCCUAAUCGUUGACAAUGUAAUCCGGGAGAACCAAUGGGGUGGCAUUGACAUCAGGAGGGGUGGAGACCCCGUUCUGAGGAACAACUUCAUUUGCCACGGCUACUCUGACGGAGUGGUGGUGGGGGAGAGGGGGCGGGGCAUCAUCGAGGGCAACCACAUCUACUGCAACAGGGGCUGCGGCGUGUGGGUCAUGUCCUCCAGCCUCCCCCAGCUCUCGGGGAACCGCAUCACGCACAACCGCAUCUACGGCGUGGCCGUCUUCUGCCGCAAGGACGCCGAGGGCGGCGGCCGCGGGGACGGAUACCUGUCAGGCCAGGGGGGCGGGGGAGGGGGAGGGGGAGGGGGAGGGGGAGGGGGAGGGGCAGGGGGAGGAGGAGGAGGAGGAGGAGGAGGAGGAGGAGGAGGGAAUGAAAACUUUAACGAAGAAGGCGAGCUGCUGGCGUGGGAGAGCGACCUGGACAGCGAGGACGAGCGCUUCUCGUCCCGGCGCCCGGUCAGCGUGGCGCUCGUGGAGGGCAACUGCAUCAGCCACAACGGAGCAGUGGGACUGUAUGUGAAGAGCAGCGAGGCCCUGAACGCGGUGGGCAACGCGGUGCAUAGCAACGGAGGCGCGGGAGUGGCCCUGCUCCAGAGCGCCCAGCUCUCCCGCCUGGUCGCCAACUGCGUCCGCGGCAACGCCCGUGCGGGGGUCACCGUGGCGCCCGGCUGCCGCGUGGAGCUCCGCGGCAACGGCGUCUACGACAAUGGCGGGCCCGGCGUCAGCUCCCGCGGCGACGGGCAGAUUGUGGAGAACGACGUGGUGGGGAACCGGGGCUGCGGGAUACGGGUGGCGGAGUCUGCCGACGUCAAGGUUCUGAGGAAUCGGGUUCAGUCUGCGCGAGGCUGCGGCAUCGCGGUGCUGGAGCAGGUGAAGGGCGUGGUGCAGGAGAACCUGGUGUUCCAGGCCUGGGCCAGCAGCACCAAGCCCCUGCUCCACCGAGACCCUGCCAACAGCACCUGUCUUCUGCUCAACAACACCCUGCUGGCCUGUGGCAGGAGAAGUGCUGGGCAGACUGACGUCCCCUGGGCCUUGGAGAACCCCCCACCACGUCCCCAGCUGGAAGGCCAGACCAGCUCCGCCCCCUCUGGCCCCCCUGCCCAACGUGGAAUCGCCAUCGCAGCCAGGAUCACUGCCAGGGUGGAGAGCGGCUGCCACAACACCGGCAGCAUCUUCUGUACAAUCCUUUGAGUCCGGCUGCUCGCCCUGUCCCCACUACAUAGUGGGCCCAUGCACUGGACCUGGACAAUGCUGGCGGUGCUACGCCAUGUGGAUUUGGAAAUGGCUCCACGCACCAACAGCGUGGAGCUGACCUAAUCCAUCCUCUGAGCACUUUAGCUCCAAUCCUCGUGAAGUUCUGGAACAAAUCUGAACCUGCAGAACAGCAAGGGAGAGUUUUGGGGGGAGGGACUGUGGCCUGUCUGUGUCGGUGCCGAAUCAGACCAGGGAAACCCCCUUUUUCCGCUCUGAUUCCUUGAACUAAUGUAGGGAUCUGGCCAGGGUGCCAGAAGUGCCUGUCUCUGUGUGCCUCCCAGCACUAGCACAGUGCCAUCACAGCUCAUCCUCCUCACUGCCUACAGUGCACUUCUGUGAGCCUGCCUUCAAAAUUCACAGAGAAUUUCUUUGAACAAUAUCACACCUACAGUAAGUACUUUAAACCACUGAUGCAGCUGGCAGGAGUUAGCUGGAAGGAC